GCACAUUCUUUGUAGAAUUGUUUACGAAUGUCUAUGAAAUAUAAUAUUACGAAAUUACAUAUAAAAUUAUAUGUUCUAUAAGACUAAUUGAGUAGCUUUCAGAAAAAGAAACGGUCCAUAAGACAAAAUCAAUUAAACAAUUGCGUUGCAAGUUUUAGAUUUAGUUUUUUAAAUAUUAACUAUAAUUUCUUCGAGUUUUAUGUCUAUAUAUCAAAAUUGUAAUGUAACUCCUGAAGGAACAUGUUUUGCAGUACACUGUUUUGCAGAAAGCUUCUCAGUUAUAAAACUACGUAUUUCCUAAAAAUUCGUCUUCUAAAUUUUCUUCAGAUUUAGUAAAUGUUAGCAUCGAAUCUGCUUUUUUAAAACAAUCAUGCAACAGACGAUCCCAGUAUUAAAGGACGAUCUACUUUAUGGUAUCUUCAACAGGUUGUCUACCCAAGUGUCAUAGUACAGAAAAGUCGACCCAUAACAGGAAAUGGAAGCUUUGACUUUAUAAUCAUGUGUUAAGAAUAUUUCGGAGGUUCAGUUUGGUUCUAGAAAAUGGAUAAGAACAUCGAGGAGGAUGACAAGUGUUAAAAGAGAAUGGAAAGUAUGUUAGUGGUUCUGUUUAAUCAGCUUUAUCAGUCGGUAUCGAUUGCGCAAAAAGGCCAGCGAAGUCCCUUCUUAACAGAAGACGUAGUAGUGAAAACUAGUGAUGCAACAGGGAUUGCUCUACACUCUACGCCCUGGUCGAUCGACUUUUUCGUUACAAAGAUUGAUAUAAUUCUACAUCAAUCGAUGAUUCGAUGCUCAGAGCCAAACCAGGUAACCACCCAGUAUAUAGAAAUGCAACAGGAUUCGAUAUCCAAUACAGUUCCUGUCCUUUCGGGGCCAACCGUCAUUACGGCACAACCACAAGGAGAAGCCAAACAAGAAAGAAGACCGAUUCCUGUGAAUACAUUGAAUUGGAUAUCGACACCAAGAUCACAGCUGACCGUACUUUCCGGAACUCACUUCUUAUCUAAUGUGGAACAAUUGGAAAUUCAGCAGAUUGUUGAUCUCAGCACAUUGCUCGGUAGAUUAAAAAAGAGAUUCCAAUACAGAGUAAAAGUACCAAAAGCUGAAACGUUAUUCCUAGCAAUGGAAACAGAAUCAAGGAAUGAAUCAAGCGGUUGGAGUUGCACCAGAUUGACUCGCGAUGAUUUUCAGUUAAAUAUUGUGGACCAAUGCGGCGAAACCGCGUUCACCAUGGUUAUGAAUUCCAUGUGGACGUUUGCUUUGAAUAAAUCGCACAGUAUGUCGGUGCUAAGCCCCAAUUUAAUUGGCACAAUAGGACAAAAUUCUCAUAUAAUAGGUUCCAGUUUUACGGUGUACGAUGCAAUAGGAAAGCGACUUUGUAAUAUAUACGGGCCAAAUAUUAGUGAUUGUUGCAUGUAUCAAGAAUCCCAGUUCCAGGUAAUUUUUGUCUGGAAGGAAAAACGAUAUACAGGAUGUGCCCAAAAUCGGGGUACGACCAAGCUGGGUACAGAAGUAAAACGAAAAACGAUGGUAAUCUCGAUCGAUGGCACUCAUCAAAUUGCAUCCCUUAUGCAUCAGUGGGACAAUAUUCUUCACGAUUAUAUUAUGUUAAUUACAUUUCCUUCAGAUUUGGACAUAAAAUUCAAAACCUUACUCCUCGCCGCAGCAUUUCUUCUGGAAUAUCUGUACUUCAGACAACUAAGAAGAUAGCUUUAAUCGUGAAAAUAAGAUACGUAUCAACAUCAA